AUGCUCAAGAAUAACAACACCGGAAAGCCGUCGAAUACGGUAACUAAAUCGGCUAAGCCAAAGAAAGUAGCUCCAACAAAGCGAUACUGUACUCUCGGCCGUUCGGUCACCGGACCAAUCAAGUCGGCCAUAACACGGGCCGAGAAUGAUGCCAUGAAACGUAUGAAAAAGGUCGACAAGUUCUUCGAAGAACGUGCUGGAAAAGAACACACAGCACUGGGAGAUAAACAGCUCAACGAUCUCGAUCGAGACCGAUCUGAACUCCAGAGAAGCCUCAUCAACCUACAAAAUUUACCAAGCCUCGUAGAGUCCAAACUGAAACUCCCAGAGUUCUUGAAAGAACCAACUGCCAAAGCAGUAACCACUGAGAUGAACGAGCUCUUGAGAACAGCUGACAUCUACCGUACCAUCAAGAGCGUCAGAAACAAGAUCGACAUGAUCACUCAAGAGGCGGAAGCUCAUGGUAGAAUCUUCAGCCCAGCUAACUUCGAUGAGGAAAGCGUCUUCCAAGAGUUCCAAGAACUCAUCGAGACGGAAGACAACGAAGAAGAAAGCUCCACUGAAGAAGACACUGAGAAGGAACUCAGUCAAAACUCCGAAGAAGACAACAAAAGAAUCUUGGAACAGAUUCUUCAAGGUCGGAGAGAAAUCCAAAUGCGUCAAGAGCAAAUGGACGAAGAGGAAGCCGAAUUCCAAAGGCUCAAGCAAAAGCAGCAGGAGGAACUGGAAAAUCAGGAAUAUCAACAAAAGCCGAAACAACCUCAACACUUUCAGUACAUCGAAACAAAUAAUGCGGUAGCUACAAAAAACGAGACCGUAGUUGAAAAAGCGAGGAAACAACUGGCUCAGGAGAGAUUGGCCCUCGCCAACCGUACUCCCAUUGAAGUAUCUGAGAACCUGAACCACAAGAUCCAAGAAAUUGAACACCAUCCAGCGAUGGAAACAAUGUAUAGGAACCCAGCUUCCCCUCAAUUCUCUUCUCCAAGCAGCUACAUCAUCCAAUCUCCACCAUUGGACGAUUUUAAACAGGAAAUCAAUCAAUCCACUAAAGCGCUUGAAGAGAAAAAUGCUGCUGUAAUUUCGAACUCAGUUGAGGUUGCCAUCGGGAGACUCGCUACCGGGUUACUCGAAAAAUUGAGCCUGAGAAACAUUGAUAAGAUAAUCACCGAGCCCAAAGGCCUUCGUCUACAAGAAGGAUACUAUGAUAGUGACGAAGAUGAAGCAGAGGCUAUGCAAUACAUGAAUCAGUACCGUAAUCAAAGCUACAAUGAUUGCUACGUAGCUCCUAAGGAGGAUACACAACAGAGAGAAAAGACUCAAAAAUAA